AUGCUGGCUCGCCUAGCCGUGUCCCGAAAUGCGGUUCCCACAAACCUCAACCCUGUGGGUCCGGAGUCCCAGAUUCGCUACUCCAUGAUUAACGUGCCCAACAUCACUAAGGACUACAUUUCCUUGGAUAUCAAUGCCAUUCUCUUCCUCCUGGGCAAGCCCAUCGUCCUGCCCGUGGAGGCCCCCCACUUUGUGCUGCCAGCUCACGUGGGUGCCGAGGGUGCCAUGGCAACCGUGGGCCUCUCCCAGGACCUGUUUGACUCUGCCCUCCUGCUGCUGCAGAAGGCGGGUGCCCUCAACCUGGACAUCACAGGGCAGCUGAAGUCGGAGGACAACCUGCUGAACACCUCCAUGCUGGGCCAGCUCAUCCCUGAGGUGGCCCGCCAGUUCCCUGAGCCCAUGCCUGUGACACUCAAGGUACGGCUGGGUGCCACGCCCGUGGCCACGCUUCGUGCCAACAAUGCCACAGUUCAGCUGCAGCCCUUUGUGGAGGUCCACGCUGUGGCCUCCAACUCAGCUUUCCAGUCCCUCUUCUCCUUUGAUGUGGUCGUGAACCUGAGCCUCCAGCUCUCCAUGUCCAGGGUGAAGCUUCAGGGGACCACCUCUGUGCUGGGGGAUAUCCAGCUCACCGUGGCCUCCUCCAAUGUGGGCUUCAUCCAUGCAAAUCAAGUGCGCCCACUCAUGGAAACCCUGUUCCGGAAGCCCCUGCUCGAUCACCUCAAUGCUCUCUUGGGCAUGGGGAUCGCCCUCCCCAGUGUGGUCAACCUCCACUAUGUCAACCCUGAGGUCUUUGUCUAUGAGGGCUACGUCGUGAUAUCCAGCGGACUCUUAUACCAGCGCUGA